CCCAGCACCAAGCCACCUUUCUCUUACGUCGCCAUGAUUGCUAUGGCGAUAAAAGAAUCAGCAGAACAACGCCUGACCCUCAGCGAGAUCUACAGUUACAUCAUGAACAAGUUUCCAUAUUUCCAGAAGAACAAGAAAGGCUGGCAGAACAGUAUUCGCCACAACCUCAGUCUUAACGAGUGUUUUGUGAAAGUUCCGAGGGAAGGUGGCGGAGAGCGGAAGGGAAACUACUGGACUUUAGAUCCCACCUACGAAGACAUGUUCGAGAACGGCAACUACAGAAGACGUCGCCGCAUGAAACGCCCCUACCGUCCCGCAUCAUCGCUCCAGAAGGCCUUCUUUCCCGACCAGCUUCAGCUUCCGAACGCUCUAUCCAUUAGUUCCAAGAGCUUAUUCGGUCAUGGUUAUGGUGCCGGACCUCUGGCAAACAACACCUGGGCAGUCCAGCAAGAUGGACAAUGCCUUUACAGCCCCUGUCAGCGGAUGACCGCACAGCAGCUUCACGCGACUUAUCACCUCCCGCAACCCCAGCUGGAACAAGCUUUGCCCCCGAUGCAACUGGGCCCCAUCAACACGUACGGACCCCACAACUUUCAGGCCGGUUUCGUCCCGGGUCGGCGACAGGGACCGAUGGAAGCAAGCAUGCAUUAUCAUUCGUACUGGGGAGAGAAGCAGUUCGGUUAA